AUGGUUCGCAUCACUAUCGCCGCUCUCCUCGCCCUCUCCGCCACCGCUCUCGCCCAAGUCAUCCCCAACAACGCCGGCGCACGCAACGUAGGAAACGGCCAAGGCGCACAGUUCAUCACGGGCGGCUGCGUCUCCGACGCCGACUGCGACCAGGCCAUUGCCUGCUGCGCCAACAACGGCCAGGGACAGGGCGUCUGCUCGGGCAUCGCGGCGGCUUUGCAGAACGGGAAGCAGGGAUGUGGGUUCAAUGACCCUAAUUCCGCUGCUACCAUUCAAGCUGCUGAAGAGCAGGUUGCUCGUCAAGGAUUCUAA